AUGCCGGUGGCAGACCCUUCCCUCCCGCUCGAGGGGAACGGCAGCGCUUUACAGCCAGCACCACAUUCCGCGAGAGCGUCUCUACCGAACUCGACCGACGCGACGCAGUCCUCCUCGACCUCACCUUCUUCGACCUCGAUGCCGACAAAGCGACAGAUCCUCAAGCAAGUGGCUCUCUCACCCUUAUCGCUUCUCUCGCUACUCCCUAUCCCAUCACCGCAGCGGCUGCUCCUGCACACACUCUCGCUAGGCCCCGUUCCACGUCACAUCGCCUUCGUCAUGGACGGCAACCGUCGUUGGGCACGUACAUCCCACCACACCAUCCAGCAAGGCCAUCUGACCGGCUUCGCGACGCUCAAAUCCGUUCUCGAGGUGUGUCUGAAUCUCGACGGUCUCGAUACGGUCACGGUGUACGCUUUCGCCAUUGACAACUUUCGACGCAGCGAGAGCGAGGUCAGUGCGCUGAUGGAGAUUGCAAAGACCAGAUUGAUCGAAUUGGCUGGGCAUGGAGAGCUCAUCGCCCGCUAUUCGGUACGGGUUCGGAUCGCGGGUAGGAAGGAACUGCUGCCACCAGACGUGAGGGAGGCGGUGGAGAGGGUGGAGAACAUGACCAAGGACAAUACAAAGGCUACGCUCAACAUCUGCAUGCCGUACGCGAGUAGGGACGAGAUGACAGGUGCUGCUCGAACCUGCCUCGAUCGCAAGUUGAGGGACGUCGAGAGGGCGGCCGUUGCUGCAAAAGCGCAGCAGAUUGCAUCGGACAAGCGCGAUGCAGAUUCGCAACAGCAGCAGCAGCAGCAUCCUUCAUCAUUGUCGUCGUCGUCGCCGCCGCCGCUCGAAAACGUCCUCGACAAUAUCGACUUUUCCAUCACUCCCCAAGAUCUCUCACAAAACAUGCAGUUGUCCCACUCUCCACCACUCGACAUCCUCGUCCGCACCUCUGGCGUAUCCAGGCUGAGCGAUUUCAUGCUCUGGCAAUGCACAGAGUCGACGCAUAUGCACUUCGUCGACAAGUUCUGGCCGCAGUUUGGGCUGCUCGACAUGGUACCCAUCAUCUUGGACUGGCAGAGGCACCAGUGGAGUCUGGCGCUGCGAAAAUCUUGCGGCUGGGAAUAG